CAAACCUACAGCCCUGACUGCAUUCAGAGAGGGAACCUGCAAACAAAACUUCACAGAAAACUUUUUGUUCUUGUUCCAGAGAAUUUGCUGAAGAGGAGAAGGAAAAAAAAAAAAAAAACACCAAAAAAAAAAAAAACCAAACCUGUGCGUGAGGGGGGGAGGAAAAGCAGGGCCUUUUAAAAAGGCAAUCACAACAACUUUUGCUGCCAGGAUGCCCUUGCUUUGGCUGAGAGGAUUUUUGUUGGCGAGUUGCUGGAUUAUAGUGAAGAGUUCCCCCACCCCAGGAUCCGAGGGGCACAGCGCAGCCCCCGACUGCCCGUCCUGUGCGCUGGCCACCCUCCCAAAGGAUGUACCCAACGCUCAGCCGGAGAUGGUGGAGGCCGUCAAGAAGCACAUUUUAAACAUGCUGCACUUGAAGAAGAGACCCGAUGUCACCCAGCCUGUGCCCAAGGCGGCGCUUCUGAACGCUAUCAGAAAGCUUCAUGUGGGCAAAGUGGGGGAGAACGGGUAUGUGGAGAUAGAGGAUGACAUCGGCAGGAGGGCAGAAAUGAAUGAACUUAUGGAGCAGACCUCGGAGAUCAUCACGUUCGCGGAAUCAGGCACAGCCAGGAAGACGCUGCACUUUGAGAUUUCCAAAGAAGGCAGUGACCUGUCGGUGGUGGAGCGUGCAGAAGUCUGGCUCUUCCUCAAAGUCCCCAAGGCCAACAGGACCAGGUCCAAAGUCACCAUCCGUCUCUUGCAGCAGCAGAAGCACCCGCAGGGCAGCUCGGACACAAGGGAGGAGGCCGAGGAAGCGGACUUAAUGGAGGAGAGGAGUGAACUGUUGAUAUCGGAGAAGGUGGUGGAUGCUCGGAAGAGCACCUGGCACAUCUUCCCUGUCUCCAGCAGCAUCCAGCGGUUGCUGGACCAGGGCAAGAGCUCCCUGGAUAUUCGGAUUGCCUGUGAUCAGUGUCAUGAGACCGGCGCCAGCCUGGUCCUCCUGGGGAAGAAGAAGAAGAAGGAAGAGGAGGGUGAGGGGAAGAAGAAGGACGGAGGAGAAGCAGGGGCAGGGGUUGACGAGGAGAAGGAGCAGUCCCACAGACCUUUCCUCAUGCUGCAGGCCAGGCAGUCUGAAGAUCACCCUCAUCGCCGGAGGCGGCGCGGCCUGGAGUGUGACGGCAAGGUCAACAUCUGCUGUAAGAAACAGUUCUUUGUUAGUUUCAAGGACAUUGGCUGGAAUGACUGGAUCAUCGCUCCCUCUGGCUACCACGCCAACUACUGCGAGGGUGAGUGCCCAAGCCAUAUAGCAGGCACCUCGGGGUCUUCGCUGUCCUUUCACUCGACGGUCAUCAACCAAUACCGCUUGCGGGGUCAUAACCCCUUCGCCAACCUCAAGUCGUGCUGUGUGCCCACCAAGCUGAGACCUAUGUCCAUGUUGUACUAUGAUGAUGGGCAAAACAUCAUCAAAAAGGACAUUCAGAACAUGAUAGUGGAGGAGUGUGGGUGCUCAUAGAGUGCCUGGCCCGGGGGGAAGGGAGCAAGAGUUGUCCAGAGAAGACAAUGGCAAAAUGAAGAAAUUUUUAAGAUUUCUGAGUUAAGCAAUCAGAAAAAUAUAAAUUAAAAAAAAUAAAUAAACUAAAAGCAAAACCUGAAACAGAUGAAGGAAGAUGUGGAGAAAUUCCUUAGCCAGGGCUCAGAGAUGAAGCCACGAAGGAGACGGGAAUUGGGAGGGAAAGCGGGAAUGGUGUACCCUUCAUUUCUUCCGACAUCAAAGUGGUGACAUCGAUUGCUUAAAUGGGAGUAUUGUCCUCUCCUUUUCAGUUCCCUUUCAGUGUGAGCCUCGAAGUCAACUUGUCUAGUCUGCAGCAAUGUGGGCUAGCACAACCCAAAUAGCAUCUAGAAAGCCAUGAGUUUGAAAGGGCCAGUCACAGGCACUUUCCCACCCAGUUACCCAGGUCGUAGGGUAUGUCUGUGUGACCCUCUCUCUGUGUCUAUCAGCCCAUGCACACACACACACAGACACACACAGAUACACAUACCACACACACACUCGCAGACACACACACACAGAUACCCCACACGACACACAGAGGCAUUUCCACACAGCACAUACAUACGCAUCCUAGUCAAAGAACAAUAGUGUGCAGGUGGUCACACUUUCUUUUUUCUGCACCACUCUCGCAACAGAACAAAACCCAACAUAGAAAAAUUGAGAACAAGAAUGGGAAGAGUGAAAGAUCAAGGAAAAAAGAAUACCAAGUUACAUUUCGUUAAGGUGCUUAUGAUCUUAGAACUAUGCAACCUAAUAGGUUUGAAACUGUUUACCUGAGAGAGAACAAAAAGAGAGACUUUUUUUGUAUUGGAAGUAACCUGAUUAAUUUUUAUUUUCUUCAAGGAGAGAUACUUGAAAGGAAUAUGUUUGUCCAUCUGUUGGAUCCAAACAUUUCUAUAUUUUGUAAAUUUUUUUUUUUUAUCGUUUACUAUUUGCACUACAAUGGUGUUUGACCUGUCUAAUCCUUAUUUAACAAGUAUUUUCUUUGGGUGGGGGUGGGGGGGUUAAAGAGCUGCACUUAAUGUGAGCUAUAAAAGAACUGCUACAGCACACAAAAUAGCUAUUUUUAUUAUUAUAAUUAUAAUUAUUAUUAUUAUUUUGUACCUUAAAAAAUAGACACAUACACCAAAGACAUUUGUGUGAGCCUUUAGACAGUCUGUCUGUGGUUGGUAUCAUUCACCAUCAAUGAGUCAGGGGUUGGCAUUCAAGGAUGAGUAGGGGGGAUUGUGUUCAGGCUUAAAAGACCUGAAAAGUUUGGUUUUUGACUCCUUUUACAUCCAUGAAACAGGACAUUUCAUACUGGAUGUACAGUAGUUGUACACUGUUGGAUAUCAAGUUCAAUCGAAUUCAUGGAGCGCUAUGUGCUUGUAUGUGUAUAUAUACAUUGCUUGUGCAUAUGCAUAUCUGUGUGUAUAUAUACAUGUAUCGCAUCAUGUCCAGACACAUUUUAAGCACUUCAGGCUGUCAUUUUUAAUGUUCUUAAAGCAAUGAAUGUUUGUGUGCAAAACACAGUAUUUUUAAGAAGGAUAGGCUAUAGUUUUUGCUUUUACUCUGAACUAGGUGGGCACAUUUCAAAAACUUGGAUGAGAAAAAGCUUGGGAAUUCUAGUGAAUAUUCAGCAAGACCCUCUUUCAAUGUCCAGGGUUCCAAUUCCCUCGUUUUUCUUGUCCCCCACCCCCAUCCUGCAAGUUAUUUCCUGCAAGGAAAACAGGAAACUCAUGUUCAUCAAAGGUCUAGGCUGAUUUUUUUUUUUGGCAACUUAUAUUUAUUAUCUAUUGGAGUCAAUCUUAAAUCAGAAGCUUCUUCAGAAAAAAAAUUUAAUCUUUAGGCCAGAAUAUAAGAGUUGGGUGCAUUUUUUUUUUAUGAUUAAGGCCUGGUUUCAAGAAAUAUUACCUGCUCGGCUGGGCUAAAUAAUGUUGUUGUCACCAGUUAAAGAUAAAUAAUUUGGGGGAAGGUGUUAAGAGAGUGGGAGUCAAGAAGAGAACAAUUAGGAGGUGGGGAUGGUAACACUAGUAAAAAUCCAUAAUAUUUUAAUUUACAGCCAAAACUCUUGAUGUAUAAGCUUGUAUGUAUCGAUUCAGAUGCAAAAAGGAAAAAAAAAACUUUGUUUUAUAAAUAUCAAAGUACAUGCUUAAAGCUGAAUUUUUACUAAUUUAUUCCACGGUAUUUAGCUUGCCUUGAACAGCUAAUAAGUUAUUCAUUUAUGUGCUUUUUAAAAUACAGAGCCUUAUUUUUACUGACGUGUUGGAAGUUUGCAAAAAUUGAAAAAAAGUUCUAGUAAUUGGAGAAAAUUAUUUAUUAGUAUUUUGUAAAAUAGUGAAGCUUUCAGCCCUAUGUCGAUUUGUGGAUUUUUAAAAAAAUUAAUUGUAGGAAAAUAAAAUAUCAGUGAGAAACCAAACACUGCAAAAUGUGGUUUAGCUCUUCUUGAAAAAUAUAUUAAAUCAGUACUCGGAAUAGGCUGUACGUAGGCAAAUCACGUCAACGUCAUCACCUGGCAGAUUUACUUACUACAUUCUAGAGGUCCACACUUUCUCAUGCAGGACAUGCAACAUGUACUGCCUGAGAGUGGAUUCUAAUUAAGUAUGGAAGGGAGAGCAUGCGAAAUUGGUACUUACUUCCUCGCUCUUAGCCAUUGACCAGGAAAUCACGCAGAUGGGGAAGGUGGGUGUGGCGAGGAAAGUUUUAAGGAGAGGUGUAGAUAGCCAUGUUCAACUUUACUAAUUUUUAGGAAGACCUUUGAGGGCCUUUUGAACUGCCUCCGAUUUGGUACCGGAACUGAUAGUGGAAUCUAUGAAAAUAGCGUGGAGAGCCAAAUCUUACUUCACUGUGCAAUGGCAGAGAUGGCGAGGGCAAUGGAGAAAACAAGAGGUUAAACAGACAGCUGAGACCUCUUGGUCAUUCCAUUCAUCUCAAAUGUGUAUGCCGUCUUUGCAAGCCCUUUAAGUUCUCACCAUAUUGAGGAUAAAAUGGGGUUUGAUUAGUGGCCACAGUAAUUAGAAAGAAAUUCCAUAUGACAAUAUUUUAAAGGGAUGAUGUAAUUUAAAUUAAGUUAAAUGAUUGAGUUUGUCUCAUCCACAAACUUUAGCCUUAUUUCAUUAAAUGUAUGUGGCCUUGAAAUAGAAUUAUAAAUUGCUACUAUCUUUAAUAAUCUUGGAAGAUACGCAGCCUUGUAAACAACAACACUUUUAAGUAGCAGCAUGAGGCCAAAAGAAAAAGCUUUUAAAUUCUACGUAUUGGGUUCUUCAUAGUAUGUUUUCCUUGAAACAGGGUGGCUCUAUCUGCUCUUAGCAUCUCUCUACUUUUUCUCUAGGCCUAAUCUCUAGGCUCCUAAAAAUCUACCCACACCAAUCUUAAAAGCUCUGAAAAGCAUUUGUCCCCAAAUGUCUUUUAAGAAUGAUAAAUAUUUUGUAGGUUGGAUUGACAUUUUCUACUUUUUGCCCCCAAAAGUAAGGUGAAUUUCAGCACACUGAGUUGAGAUUUUUCUUGUCCCUGAAGACCAACCAAUUUCAUAUUUAUUUAAGAUUGAUUUCACACUCCUUUUUCAAGGAGAGUAUCUGCAUUCUCCUCUUAGGUCGAGCAAAUGAAUGUUUUCUCACCCCCGUGGCAUUGGGCCUCAAGGUGACUCUAAAAACAGAGAAUGCAAAUGCUCAGUUGUAUUAAGCAUAGAUUCAAAUUAUCAUGUUCACUUGAAAAAAUGAUUUCCUGUGGGCCUUUUGGCAACUUUCCUUUUCAGUGUAGACAAAAACUUAGUCACCCUGAAAACCUACACAAUAAACGAAACUUGUAGAUGUGGGCAGAAGGUUUGGGGGUGGACAUUGUAUGCGUUUAAAUUAAACCCUUUAUCAUUGAGAAGCUGUUGUAUGGGUCAGAGAAAAUGAAUGCUUAGAAGCUGUUCACAUCUUCAAGAGCAGAAGCAAACCACAUGUCUCAGCUAUAUUAUUAUUUAUUUUUUAUGCAUAAAGUGAAUCAUUUUUUCUGUAUUAAUUUCCAGUGGGUUUUACCCUCUAUUUAAAUGCUUUGAAAAACAGUGCAUUGACAAUGGGUUGAUAUUUUUCUUUAAAAGAAAAAUAUAAUUAUGAA